UCAUACAUUAGUACCUUCUUCCACCUCCUAAAGUUUGUGACUAAUUUACCUUCAUUUCUUGUAAUAAAAUAGGUUCAGAAACAGGUUAACUCAAGAAACAAAGAGAACACACCCUUGCUUUCAUUACUGGUUUAAUAAAUGAAUGUGUGUGUUGAAUCCAUUUUAAUCCUUUCUUAUUUCAGGUCGCUCCACGUGAAUUGUAAAAAAUUAUUCUUCUUGUGUAGCCUCGUAAAGAUCCUUUUCCCAAAGAUAUAUGAUUUCUUGCUACCAAUCUCCAUAGCAUUUGUAUAAAUUGAUAUCGCCAAUGUUCUCUCUUCAUCUCACUCUAUUGCUUAACCAUUACUGCAACCUUUGAGAAACAACUAGCCAUUGGAAUAGUAGUUGGAGAAAUGGAUUAUCUGGCUAUAUAUUUAGUCUGUUUACUUUCAUUAUCAAGUGCAAAAGCCAAUAGCAAUAUUGGUGUGAACUAUGGCGUGCUCGGGAACAAUCUACCCUCUCUGUAUCGAUCCAUCGAAUUACUAACAACGAUGAAAGCUGGCCGUGUGAAGCUCUAUGACGCCAACCCGGAUAUUCUAAGGCUUUUAUCAACCACAAAGCUCAAAGUUUCCAUUAUGAUCCCAAACCAUGAAAUCUCAGGCAUUGCUGCAAACCAAAGCAUAGCAGAUGAAUGGGUGAGGAACAAUAUCCUCCCGUACUACCCAAAUACCCUGUUCCGCUACUUACUUGUAGGAAAUGAAGUGCUAAGCUACAAUUCAGAACAAGGUCACAAAAUGUGGCAUGAUCUUGUCCCAGCAAUGAGAAGCAUCAAGAGAGCACUCAAUUCUCAGAAUAUAAGAGGCAUCAAAAUUGGCACCCCAUUAGCCAUGGAUGUCUUAGAAUCAACCUUCCCACCGUCAAGUGGAACAUUCCGAUCCGACAUAAGAGACAGUGUGAUGGCACCAAUGCUCAAAUUCUUAAACAGAACCAAUUCAUUUUUCUUCAUUGAUGCAUACCCAUAUUUCCCAUGGUCACAGGACCCCAACAAUAUUCCCCUAGACUAUGCUCUCUUCAGAGGAGAUUUCACCACAAGAGACCCUGAUAGUGGCUUAAUCUACAGAAACUUGUUAGACCAAAUGCUUGACUCCCUCCUCUUUGCCAUGUCAAAACUCGGAUACUCUAACAUCCAGCUUGUAAUAUCCGAAACAGGAUGGCCAAACUCCGGUGACAUAGAAGAAACAGGCGCAAACAUCUACAACGCAGCGACAUACAAUCGCAAUCUCAUCCAGCGAAUGACAGCAAAACCACCCAUUGGAACCCCAGCACGCCCCGGUGUCCCAAUAACAACCUUCCUCUUCUCACUUUUCGACGAAAACCAAAAGCCAGGUCCCGGAACAGAACGACACUGGGGCUUAUUACACACAGAUGGAACCCCAAUUUACGAUCUAGACUUAACAGGUAAAAAAACUAACACAGAUUAUGCACCAUUACAAGCUCCAAAGAACAAUGUGCCAUACAAAGGUAAGGUAUGGUGUGUGGCUGCAGAAGGAGCAAAUGAAAUAGAAUUAGCAGCAGCUUUGACCUAUGCUUGCAAUGUAGCAAACAUGACCUGUGAUGCACUUUCACCUGGAAAUGAAUGCUAUGAACCAGUUUCAAUCCCUCUUCAUGCCAGUUACGUUUUUAGUACCUACUGGGCUCAAUUCAAAAGUAGUGGAGCAACUUGCUAUUUCAAUGGCCUUGCUACAGAAACAACCAAAGACCCUAGUCGAAAUUCUUGCAAAUUCCCAAGCGUAAUUCUCUAGAGACUGGUUAACAGAUUAACAAUGAAAGGAUUAUGGAGCUUAUGCAUGCAAUUAUCUUUGGACUCUGAGAUCUUUAGACUCCAAGAGAUGUAAUCAAUAGCAUUUAAUUUUACUUUCUAAUAAUUGUAUUAAUCAAGAUAUUUGUCAAGAAUUUCCACAUUAUACAAUAUGCCUUUAUCAAACCCUAA